AUGCUCCGCGCCGCUUUGAAGCUCGCUCAGUCAGAGCAGCGGCAUAACCCUGGUGCCCUUAUCUUUGUAGGCGUUUUUGGGUUGCAUACUGAGAAAGAAUGCCUACCGGCAACAGAUCUUUACCGGCCUGCCGAUGCGCUCAUUGGUGCCCCUGGCAAUCGCGGGUCUGGCCGUGAUAUUCUCAUUGCGCAGGCCAAUGAGGAAACUGUUUCGCACAUCACGAAGUAA